CUCGUUCCUCCAGUCACGCUGCGACUUCCAGCUCCAUCUCAUCCACUUCUUCUUCUCCUCCACGAUCCCCAGCUUUCUUUCCUUUCUUUUUUUUAAAGGAGCUACGCCGUUUAUUCACACGUCCUGCAGAACAAGCAGCGUCGGAGAGUCCAGCGAGCUCAAACACAUUUUUAGCGCCAGUUUCCAGCAGAAUCUCUCCUCAUUCAAUGGCUCUGUGCGUAGUGCUGCUUUGCGCUCUGGUCGGAGUCCUGCUUGGCCAAGAGCAAAUCUCCAUAGAGGAGUGCUGUAAAGAUGGCCAGAAGCGUGGCAACGACAACCAAGACUGUGCCGCCCUCCCGCUCAUUUCUGGGUCGGCCACAUGCAGGAUAGUGCAGGAGCAGUGCUGUGUAACGGUGCUCGAGGAUAAAAUGUGCACCACCGGCAUCAACAUGGCCAAAGACCAAGGAGCCUGCGAUUCUUUAUUCACCAACACCUGCGAGACCAAGACUACAAAGAUGUGUUGUGACUGUUGUCUUCUGGGGAAGGCAGCCCAGGAGAACGGCAUACCUUGUGACCACAACCUGUCCGUGGGCUACCAGUGUAGCCUGGUGUCCAGGGCCUGCUGCGUGGACGGAGCCUCAAACAAUCAGACAGCACCCACAUCCCAAACUGAAUUGCUAAAUCAAGAUGACAAUAAAGAAAAUGGAGAUGAUACAGUGUCAAAUGAUCAGUGCAAUGGGAAAUGUGCUCAUCGCUGUGUGGGGAAUGACACUUGUUCCUGUUUCAAAGGCUAUAAACUCAAACCAGAUGGGAAGAGUUGUGAGGAUAUCAACGAGUGUUUGCUGGGAGCCAGCAACUGUCGGGGCGGAGAGCGUUGUAUCAACACAGAGGGCUCAUUCCGUUGCCAGAGAGAGGUCAGCUGUGGAACUGGCUAUGAACUCACUGACAACAACAACUGCAAAGAUAUUGAUGAGUGUGAGACUGGCAUCCAUAACUGUGGGCCAGAGUUUGAAUGCCAAAACACCCAGGGCUCCUUCCGUUGCCUCCCCAAGGUAAAGUGUGGGGCUGGAUUCAUCCAGGACGCCCUCGGAAACUGUAUCGAUAUCAAUGAAUGUGUCAGCCAGACAGGUCCAUGCCACAGAGGGCAGGUCUGUAUCAACACUGUCGGCUCCUACACCUGCCAAAGGAACUCCGUUAACUGUGGUCGAGGUUACCACCUCAAUGAAGAGGGCACGCGCUGUAUUGAUAUUGAUGAAUGUAAGGGACCCGAACAGGUCUGUGCAGGCCACGGCUGUAUCAACCUGCUGGGCUCCUACCGCUGUGAGUGUGAACCCGGCUACAACUUCAAUAGCAUCAGUCGCGUUUGUGAAGAUGUUAACGAAUGCAGGCACUAUCCUGGUCGUCUGUGUGCUCAUAAGUGUGAGAACACCCUGGGAUCCUACAAGUGUAGCUGCACCACAGGCUUCAAGCUAGCUGUUGAUGGCAGGAACUGUGACGAUUUGAAUGAGUGUGAGAGCAAACCAUGCAGUCAAGAGUGUGCCAACGUGUACGGCUCCUACCAGUGUUACUGUCGCCGUGGCUAUCAGCUCAGUGACAUAGAUGGCAUGACUUGUGAAGACAUAGAUGAGUGUGCCCUGCCCACUGGAGGCCAUAUUUGCUCCUAUCGCUGUCACAACACUCCUGGCAGCUUCCACUGUUCGUGUCCUACCAGUGGCUACACCUUGGCAGUAAAUGGGCGCAGCUGCCAGGAUAUUGAUGAAUGUUUGACUGGAAGACACACAUGCACAGAGAAUCAGAGCUGCUUCAAUGUACAGGGAGGAUUCAGAUGUCUGUCUUUUGAAUGUCCAUCCAACUACCGACGUGUUGGGGAGACUCGAUGCGAACGCUUGCUUUGCAAUGAGUCUGUCGAGUGCCUGACCAUGCCCCUGAGAAUAACCUACUACUACCUCACCUUCCCCACCAACAUCCCCGUCUUCACCAACAUCUUCCGCAUGGGCCCCUCCCACACCGUGCUUGGCGAUGACAUCCAGAUCGCUAUCACUUCUGGCAACGACGGCGCUUUCUUCAAGACCGAGCAGAUGCCCACCGGCGGUGUGAUGUCGGUGGCGAAGCUCAUCAACAAGCCACAGGACUUUGAUCUGUCUCUGGAGCUGAGGCUGCGUCGCUAUGGCUCGGUCACCACAUACCUGGCUAAAGUGCUGGUGUUUGUUACCCAGGAGGAGCCCAGAGUACCUUAUAAUCCCCUACUAGAAUAAACACAAGAAUUACAUAAGGUUGCACAAGUUACUACACUCUUAAAAAGGAUGUGUCAUAUUAACUGCUUAAUGUUGUGGAAAAAAAUGCAUUGACAUUACAUUAUGUAUUUGAUAGUAAAGCGUAAUAAUACGUAAACUGCUGUAUGUUGUAAUAUUUAAAUGACUGCUCACCAUGCUGUAUUGGUAUAAGCAGGUAAAUCUAAAUAGAAAUGAUGAUGAUUGAGUCUCUAGUGAGUCUGAGGCUACAAGUACAGCUGGUAGUCUAUCCGCUCCCCUUUGUAUGAUCAGGCUCACUUCUACUAUGUCCUUUUUUAAUGGACUCAAAUAUAACCGUAUCCCACUCUAAAUGCAUGUUAAACAUGACACAUCAUUUUUGAAGACUGAAGAUGAAAAAAUACACAAAAAAGACACAAAAUCAGAGAAAAGAAGCACAGUUUUUAGGUCUGUAGCAUUUUACAUAAUUUUUUUUUCUAAAACAUGAGGCUUAUGGAUGAUUAUUCAGCAGUAUAAAUUAGGUCCAGCUGAAUGUAUUUCUUUGGAGGUAAAGCAUUGUCAUAGCCGAUACUGUAGGUGGCGUUGUAGGUCAGGGUAAAUCAUAAAAUGGUAACGGCCCACAGUCUGCCUACAACUGAUUGUAAUUUGAUGAUGGUUGCAUGAUAAAGUCUGACGUUUUGCAGUAUUUUAUGGUUUAUAUGUUGGACGAACAGUUUUCUAUUAAAACUGAAAUAGAAAUAACA